AUGAGGGUGAAGGCUACUGCUGCUGUUGCUGCUGCUGCUGCUGCUGCUGCUUCUGCUGCUUCUACUGCUGCUGGCGCCGCCGCCGUUGUUGCUGCUGGUAAAGGAGGAGGUACUGGUGGUUGUGGCGGUGGUGGUGGUAGUGGUGGUGGUGGUGGUACUGCUGCUAUGAGAAUGGCGCGAGUGCUAGAAGAAGACGCGAAAUCGUCGCAUCCUCCGUUCGUCGGAGGGCCGCGACAGAAGGACGACGGUGUACCGCUCGUUGAAGAAGCGGUAGAGAACGGCUUUUCUCCGAAUGACAACGUAGAAGACGCCCUCUCAGCGUCUCGACGUUCAGGUUCGAGAAGGAUGCUGAACAGAGAGAGAACGUCGUCACCGAUAUCGACUACAACGAGGAUCACGAUGAGGAUCACAAGGACAAAUAAAAAGAGGAGAAUAACGAGGAAGCUGCAGGAGAGGGCUGAGCGUACUUUGGGUCUUCCCGAUGGAAUGCGAGCAGCCGAUCGAACGGCACGACUCGAAGGCGAUGUUCCGCGUUUUCCCGCGUAA